ACCUUCAACCUGCCCGCCCAAAGGAGUCCCAUCCCUUGAACUUGAACUUGACGGGAUACCUGCCGGGGGGGGACGUCAGCGGUGUUCAAUAGGUGGUGUUUGCGCCAAUUCCACGGGGUCGCCGCCACCCUUCGCUUCCUCCUAGACAGCAGCCGUAGGAGUGCAGGCCGCCAGGAUGUGUCAGAGGAGGCGCAAGAAGGACCCAUCUUCCACCCUGCCCUUUCACCGUGCACCGCCCUACCUCAGGAGUAACCCUUUCAUUAUUAAGGGGUACCGGAGCAACCUCUCAACCUCACAGUGCUUCCAGAGUCUCUUCACCUGGAACAACGAGACCCUCAACGUGUGGUCUCAUGUGGCUGGCUUCCUGGUCUUCCUCGGCCUGUUGGUGUACGAUGUGACCUACGUGUUCCAUCAGUACAAGGGGACAGCUGAUGACGCCCUGGUGGUGGCCUUCGUGCUGUUGUCAUUUAUGCUGUGCAUGAUGAUGUCCUCCCUGUACCACACGCUCAACUGUCGCUCGGAAGAAUCGUGCCGACGCUGGCUCUCCUAUGACAUCUUCGGCGUCUCCGCGUCCUUCCUCGCCAUCUUCCUCAGCGGCAUAUACUACGGCUUCUGGUGCCCCGAGUACCUGGGGCUGCGUAACCUGUACAUGGGUCUGGUCUGCUGUCUGUUCCUGGGGGCCAUGGUCUUCCUGCUGAACCCACGGUUCAUGGGGCGGGACUGGGACAACACCCGAGUGGCACUCUUCACGGGCUGGGCACUCUCUGGCCUCCUCCCCCUGGCACACUGGAUAUACAUACACGGUGGGCUCGGACCCUCCAUCGUACAGAUGUUCCUUCCCCGCAUCAUCAUCAUGUACCUCAUCAGCGGGGCGGCCGUCGCUGUCUACCUCGGCAAGAUUCCAGAGAGGUACUUCCCAGGCCGGUUCGACAUCGUGGGUGCCUCUCACCAGCUGUGGCACCUCAUCAUUGUGGUGGCUCUGGUCUACUGGCACCAGACCGGCCUGCACUACGCUCACUUUAGGCUGACCUACGGCUGCUCCACUGACCUGCACCUCCACUGAGACGCGCACACACACACACACACACACACAUACAUACAUACACACAUAGCCUACACACAAAAAAAAACUUACACACACACACACAUAGUUACACGCACACAGUAAAAGACAAACACACACACACACAUAUGCACACAAUAACAGACUGACAGAAGUGCACAUAAUUAUACAAACACACACACACACAGACGCACACAGACACACACAUACGCACACAAUAACAGACUGACAGAGGUGUGCAUAUACAAACACACACACAUACACAUACACAUACGCACACAGCAACAGACUGACAGAGGUGCACAUAUACAAACACACACACACACACACACACACACAUACGCACACAAAAACAGACAUACAGGAAUAGCAUAUGCCUACCAACUCUACCUUAUAUUUUUAGACCUACAUAUCAGUUCUCAGACAUCAUGGCGGAACAAAAUACUGUCAUUAAAAAACGUUCACAACCCAAGGCUACUUAGCGGCCUAUCUUAGUAGCCUUUGAUAGAGUUUGUGUUAGUAUCAAUCGCUUCAAUGCUCAAAUGUCGCUAUACCGGUGAUAAUCUUUAAGGGCGGACACCAUGGCUCAAGGCUCAGGCCGGCGAACGAUUCAAGUCUUCCAUUCCGGGCCUACCUCAUGAUUUUUUUUUUUUUUGUUUUUUUUUAUGGAGAGGAGGGGACUGUUUUUGAUGGUGGGACAGUUUUUGAUGGUAGGAUAGGUUUUGAUGGUGGAAGGGACAGAGUUUGAUGGUGGAAGGGACAGUUUUUGACGGUGGUAGGGACAGUUUUUGAUGGUGAUAGGGACAGUUUUUGAUGGAGAGGAGGGACAGAUUUUGAUGGAGAGGAUGGGACAUAUUUUAAUGGAGAGGAUGGGAAAGAUUUUAAUGGAGAGGAGGGGACAGUUUUUGAAAGUGAAAGGGACAAUUUUUGAUGGAGAGGACGGGACAGUUUUUGAUAGUGGGACAGUUUUGGAUGGUGGGACAGUUUUUGAUGGAGGGGACAGAUUUUGACGGGGAGGACGUGCCUUGAUGCGGACAGGUUGUGACGAUCGAAGUGAUAUUAAACGUACUAGCAAGCCUUGUUAAGUGUCAACCGGGAAGGAGAUUAACCAGGUUGUAAUGGGUGGUUUUCAUGGUUGUGGUUCAGGAGAAUGAUAUAAAAAAAAAAAGCUAAUAUUGGCAGCACAGUAAGUCAUGGAAAAAAUUACGACAUCAAGUUCGGGUUUACUUUUUGUCGCGAGCGGAAAAAAUGAAAAUUUGAACGCUGUAAAAUUCUUGUUAAACGAUUUUGUACUGUUAAGUUUUUUUUUCUAUAUAUAUGUGUAAGUAAAUAAGUUAAGUAAGUAAGUAAGUAAUUAUGUUGUAGUAUUUUUAAGGCAUGUUCUCUGUUAAUUAGUUCAUAACAUUCCAAUAGUUAGUAGUAGUAGUAGUAGUAGUAGUAAUAGUAGUAGUAGUAGUAGUAGUAGUAGUAGUAGUAGUGGUGACAAUCUUCCCAUUCAUAAAAUCUAGCAAUACUAACAAUGUGAUGUGCAAUGUUACUCUUAUGCGAUAUUAUUAUUAUUAUUAUUAUUAGUGCGGAUAAUCAUGACAGUCUCGUAUAAUGGGAAUGUGUGUGUGUGUGUGUGCGUGCUUCCCUUCACCAGGUGCUUAAUUAACUACCCUUCCUCACCUGUAACUCCAACCACACCAGGGUCAACAGAUAAACUCAGGUGUGUGGUCAUGUCGUCUAUACUUGUUACUGUUUUGUUGUGUGUUUUUCUCGUUUAUACUUUCAACUUUAUUUAGAGUUUAUAAUUUGUACCGAAAACGCAGUAAUAAAGAUAUAGAGUCA